GCCCCUCAUAUCUAUUACGACCCACGUACGCAUUGGUCAAAAAGCCCUCGGAAUCCUCGAUCGGACGCAUACUACACUCCGACCUUGUAAUAUCUCAUAAGCUCGCAAUGCCUUGAACGCGUGCGCUUAUAUCAACAUGGACCAAAGUCUCUCAACGACAAUCGAGCUUUCAAUUAUGUGCAGGAACCUCUGCGACACUGACAUCUUGUCAAAAUCAGAUCCAUUGGUGGUGGUCUUCGAAAAGAGUUCUAUAACUUCUUGGAAAGAAGUUGGUCGUACAGAAGUUAUUCAAAAUACUUUAAACCCCGAUUUUGUUAAAAAAGUUAUUCUCGAUUAUCACUUUGAAGAACAGAAGCGUCUUAACUUUGUUGUGUACGACGUCGAUUGCUCAUCUGAUAUUUUGAGCAAGCAUGACUUUUUGGGCAACUGUGAAGCGACCUUGGGUGAGAUCGCAUCUUCCGGCAAAAUUAAAAAGCCACUAAAAAACGGACCGGCAGAUUACUGUGGGGAAAUCAUAGUUUUGGCAGAGGAACAAACAACAUGUAAAGAUGAGUUAACUCUUGAUAUUUCCGGCCAAACACUCGAUAAGAAAGAUUUAUUCGGUACCUCGGAUCCCUUUUUGGCAUUUUAUAGAAUUAACGAGGACGGCAGCCGAACAGUGGUCUAUAGAACAGAGGAAAUCAAAAACACGCUUAAUCCAAAUUGGAAAAGAAUCAUCAUUCCCACCCGGGUUUUAGUUAAUGGAGACAUACAUAGGCCACUUGUGAUAUCUUGUCUGGAUUGGAACCGUAGCGGCAGGGAGUCAUUGAUCGGCGAGGCGACCACAACCUUGGAUGAACUGGUACGAAUGUUCCAGAGCGGAUCGAAAACACUGAACUUGGUCCAUCCGAAGAAGGCCAGGAGACGAAAAGGUUACACAAAUUCUGGAACGCUUCAUUUGAACCUUGUCAAGAUCGAGAAAGUGUACAGCUUUUUGGAGUAUGUUCAAGGCGGGACAGAGCUGAGCUGCUGCAUCGCCAUCGAUUUCACCGCCAGCAACGGAAGUCCUCAGGUACCUGGCACUCUACACUACAGCACCAUCAAUCAUCCUUCGCAAUACGCCAUGGCUCUGCAAGCUGUUGGUGAGGUUAUCAGUGACUACGAUAGCGAUAAUCUCUUUCCUGCCUUCGGAUUUGGUGCCUGUGUGCCCCCGGACAAUGUGGUCUCACAUUGCUUCCCUCUAAACGGACACAUUGACAACCCAUACUGUCAGGGCAUUCAGGGUGCAAUGCAGGCGUACGCACAUUCGCUUCGCACGGUGAAGUUCCACGGACCUACAAAUUUCGCUCCCAUCAUCAAUACAGUUGCAAGGUAACAGCACCGAAGCGACUUUUUGGAGGGUAUACAGCUGAUCCGUCGCAUUUUGCAUGAUACCUUCUCUGGACCGAUAUAUGCUCCCUUUGAGGGACUUUUUCAGUUUUGAGAACAACCAAAUGUCCCAUGAAGCCAUGUCGGAUGAGUAGGGAGCCUGUCGCAGCACUAACAUGUUGCGUUUUUCUCCAGGAAAUGUGAGGAAUUUGCUGAUGCGUUGUCGUGAUGGCGCUGCCGUUGCCCACCGAGCAGUGCGUUUGCUUCUCACAGCUUUACGAAUGCGAUACGAAACUUUUCGAUACUGUAUCAUGCGUACUCAUGACAAACCAUGCCACCAAGCUUUUCACUGGGACAAGAGCAAUCUUAUUUCGGCCUACCAGACCGUAUUUUACUUUCCAUUGAUGUGCCGCCUUGUUUCAAACGGUUGUAUCAUUAUUUUAUCCGUGUGCUGCUCAUUUCUACAUCACCGAAAGCUUCUUAAAUCUUUCGGAU